AUGGCCUUGGAGGCACUCCGACCUGUGGAUCCGUUCCACAAGGAAGAUAUCAUCUCACUCGUCCAGCAAUUCAUUAUGGAUGACUCUUCCGAAACUUCGUACCAACCUAUCAGCGAAUACAAGCUCAGUCAGAAGCCCUACGAUGCCUCUGUCGGCGGGCGUACCGAAACCACAGCUACUAAGGACUCGACAGACUCCGAGUCGGGUUCUGAAGCCUCAGCCACCUACAGCACCCCAAAGACCAGCCUCGCACCCUCGUCACCUCGGAGGCGCUCGAGCAGCGACAAAGACGCUUUCCUUCUCAGUUACCAACUUCACGCCAAUGGGCCGAUUCUCUCCAUCUCAGAGAAAGACAGGCGCCGGGCCUAUCUGCCCACUAACAUCUCUCAACUGUACGGAAAGGUGCUUCAAACCGACUCGUUGGUUCACGCCAAGUGCCAGGAUUUCAAGACCAACGGUAUUCACAUCUUUCUCGACAUGUCCAACGUCUACAUCAGCUUCCUCAACACCAUCAAGGAGAGGCUCCAGCUGCCUCCCGGGGCUCGAUUCCCCAAGAACCCACACCUCAACCUCCGACGCCUAACCAAGCUUAUUACCCGGAGUCGCCUCGUGGCCACGCGCGUUGCCGGCUGUUCCGUCAUUCCGGACCGCUCGGAGCCCGUAUUCGUCGAGCACCUUCGCAACUACGACUACCGCGUCGACGUCCGGGAGCGCAAGGCCGUCCAGAGCUCCAACCAAACAGGUGCCAGCCCUCCCAAGAGGAGCUACUCGCCCAAGGGUGUCCGCUAUGUUGAGGACCUCGUCGAUGAGACUCUCCAGACUCGCAUCGGAGAGACUUUCAUGAAGAGCGGCCACAAGAAGGCCACGCUCAUCCUCGUCACGGGCGAUGCUAAGCCCGCCCCCUACGCCGACGGGUUCGGCGAGUGCGCCAAGCGAGCCCUAGGCUGGGGAUGGAACGUCGAGGUCGUGAACUGGAGCACCAGCUGCUCGUCCAUAUGGAGGGACAUGGCUCGCGACGAAUCUUACGGCAAUCAGUUCCGUCUCAUCGACCUUGACCAUUACCUCAAGUACCUUUGGACCGACGAAGAGUAG